CGUAUGGAGUGUUUGUACCGACAUGCAUCGCGCGGUCUCUGUUUGCUGGACAUCGUCGCCAAGAUGAACCCCACGUAGAAAAGGACGCGGCGAUUCCUGCACGAUUUCUGCACAAAUUUCGCUCAAAUUUGGCUCGGAACUUUGGGACAGAAUGGCGAGCGCCAGUGGCUCGAAAGCAGAGUUCCACGUGGGAGCAGGAAAGUACAGACUCGUACGGAAAAUCGGCAGCGGAUCGUUCGGGGACAUCUACCUAGGAAUCAACAUAACAAAUGGCGAGGAGGUAGCAGUUAAGUUAGAGUCACAGAAGGCCCGGCAUCCACAGCUCUUAUACGAGAGCAAACUGUACAAAAUUUUACAGGGAGGAGUCGGGAUCCCUCACAUUAGAUGGUAUGGCCAGGAGAGGGACUACAAUGUCCUGGUUAUGGACCUGUUGGGGCCCAGCCUGGAGGAUCUCUUCAACUUCUGCUCACGGCGCUUCACAAUGAAGACAGUUCUCAUGUUAGCAGACCAGAUGAUAGGUCGUAUCGAGUAUGUACACAACAAGAACUUCAUCCACAGAGACAUCAAACCAGACAACUUCCUCAUGGGCAUCGGCCGCCACUGUAACAAGGUGAGGCAAAGACAUGCCCAAAAUGCUCAAAAGGUUUUCCUGAUAGAUUUUGGCCUUGCAAAGAAGUACAGAGAUAGCAAAACACGACAGCACAUACCGUACCGGGAGGACAAGAACUUGACUGGCACGGCCCGAUACGCCAGUAUCAAUGCACAUCUCGGAAUAGAGCAGAGUCGGCGAGACGACAUGGAGUCCCUGGGCUAUGUGCUUAUGUACUUCAACAGGUCGAGCCUCCCAUGGCAGGGCCUGAAGGUAGGCGCUGCCGCGACCAAAAAGCAGAAGUACGAGAAAAUUAGCGAGAAGAAAAUGUCGACGCCAGUGGAGGUCCUAUGUAAGGGCUUCCCAGCGGAGUUUGCGAUGUACCUGAACUAUUGCCGGGGGCUGCGGUUCGAGGAGGCACCAGACUACAUGUACCUGCGCCAGCUGUUCCGGAUCCUGUUCCGCACCCUGAACCACCAGUACGACUACACGUUUGACUGGACCAUGCUGAAGCAGAAGGCGGCCGCGCAGGCGGGGAGCGCAGGGCAGGCCCCCAUCGCACCCACACCCACCAAACACACCGAGAGCAAGACCAAAAGUAAAGGUAAAUCUUUGCACCCACACCCACCAAACACACCAAAAGCAAGACCAAAAGUAAAGGACGCUGAGGUGACAUUCAGUGCAGGAGUGAGGAAAAAACACAUGAUUCCUGAUGUGAAUGAAGAUGGUUGUUUCGACUAGGGGGAGACUGAGAGAUGUAGACUUGGUUUCCCCGUGUGUGCAGGAGAGUAGUAGAGACAUUAUUGCAGUGUUCCAUGAAAAAAAAAAACCUAUCUGGGACUGAAGGAAGAAAACACGACAGAGAGAGAGAGAGAAGACACCUUGGCUACACAAGAAUACUUAAAGAAAAAAACACUGUUGUUAUAAACUCUUGACUUGUAUAAAUGGAAAACCUACUUACUGACAUGCGAAACUCAACGUGGCCCCCUGGCGGUGAUUUGCUGUACUGACUAGGACGGACGGAUGUCGGCGCUUAAUAAGUAGACAACUGUAAAUAUGUAUAAGCCUUGUUAUUUUUCUGAUACUACUGUCAGCAAAGUAUGUAUAUGUUUUAAACCCUGCGGAGGAUGGUGUUGGGAGUACUUUAAUAAACAAAUAAGUGAAAAAUGGUACCAGGAGGCCGCGUCCGUCCGUCCUAGCCAACAACGAAUCACCGCCCGGAUGGGUCACCCACUUUGCAUAUAUGAUAAUUAAGGACAUUUUGUUGCCUCAAGUAUUGCUGUAUGUGAUUGUGUAUGUUGUCUGUUGUUAGUCCCAUGUUGUACAGUGAGGCUGUACAAUAAGCACUAGUUGUGAAAUUUCCAGACCCAAUCCUUGUAGAUGUAUUUUUUGAGACAGCUCUUCAGUCAAUGAGAAAGCCAUUUCAAUCCACUGUUCUUAUAUACACACAUGCACCGAAUAAUGAUGAUAGCAAGUCCUUACGACUAGUUCUGCACGGGAAAGUUUCUUCUCUUAGCACAAAGGAUCCUUUUGUUUUCAGUUAAAAAUCAUGCAGGCAAAGUUGUAAGGUAGAGAGAAGAGAGAGCCUUUUCUUGGGAAAGGGAAAUAUAGACUGUCCUUUUUUGUACUACAUGGUAAUAUGGUAAACUUAGUGGUAAAAGUUCGUACACAUUAGGAGUAACUUAAGAACAAGAGCUGUUGUUCCCUUUUCUCCCCAAUGCCUUUUCAUUCUCCAUGUAGAUCUUCCCUUUUUUCAUUUGUGAAUCUUGCAGUGAUACAUAAAUUAAAAUGUAUAAAAUUUUCAA